CGAGGGGUGGCCCCCGUACUCCCUGGGGGUUAUGGCUGGGCUGGGCAGAGGCCUGGGUGGGAGAGUGUGGGCCCUGCCCUCUGAGGUCGGGCACAGGCAAGAAGCCUGGGGGUCCUGGGUGUGCCGGGCUGGGCGAGGGGUGGCCCCCAAACCCCUGGGGGUCCAGGCUGGGCUGGGCUGUGGGAGAGGUGGUCUCCGGCCCCCAGCCAGGUUCCCAGGCAGGAUCAGCCAACUAAAGGGGGUGGCUGGGCCACAUUCCUUGGGAGCCGGGCAGCCUGGGUGUGGCUGGGCAGGGUGUCAUGUGGUGGCUGGAGGGGCAGUGGGGGCACUGGGCGUGGGGUGCAAAUGGCUCGGCGCCUUCUGUUUCCCGGACAGCUCUGCUGCCAUGGAUGUGUUCCAGAAGGUAGAGAAGAUCGGAGAGGGCACCUACGGGGUGGUAUACAAGGCCAAGAACAGGGAGACAGGACAGCUGGUGGCCCUGAAGAAAAUCAGGCUAGAUCUGGAGACAGAGGGGGUCCCAAGCACUGCCAUCAGGGAGAUCUCCCUGCUCAAGGAGCUGAAGCACCCCAACAUUGUCAGGCUGUUGGAUGUAGUACACAAUGAGAGGAAGCUUUAUCUGGUGUUUGAGUUCCUCAGCCAGGACCUGAAGAAGUACAUGGACUCCACCCCAGGCUCAGAGCUCCCCAUGCACCUCAUCAAGAGUUACCUCUUCCAGCUGCUGCAGGGGGUGAGUUUCUGCCACGCACAUCGGGUCAUCCACCGAGACCUGAAGCCCCAGAAUCUGCUCAUUAAUGAGUUAGGUGCCAUCAAGCUGGCUGACUUCGGCCUGGCUCGAGCCUUCGGGGUGCCGCUGCGCACCUAUACCCAUGAGGUGGUGACGCUGUGGUAUCGCGCCCCCGAGAUUCUCCUGGGCAGCAAGUUCUAUACCACAGCUGUGGAUAUCUGGAGCAUUGGUUGCAUCUUUGCGGAGAUGGUGACGCGAAAAGCCCUGUUUCCUGGUGACUCUGAGAUUGACCAGCUCUUUCGUAUCUUUCGUAUGCUGGGGACACCCAGCGAAGCCGUAUGGCCCGGGGUCACACAGCUGCCUGACUAUAAGGGCAACUUCCCUAAGUGGACAAGGAAGGGGCUGGAAGAGAUCGUGCCCAAUCUGGAGCCAGAAGGCAGGGACCUGCUCAUGCAACUCCUGCAGUAUGACCCCAGCCGGCGGAUCACAGCCAAGACCGCCCUGGCCCACCGGUACUUCUCGUCCCCGGAGCCCUCCCCGGCCGCGCGCCAGUAUGUGGUGCAGCGAUUCUGCCAUUGAGAACCUCAAGGCCACACUCAGAUCCUCUCUCGAGCGGCUGCUGCCCCAGCUGCCUCCCACCCAUUCCCGAGAGAGGACGCAUCUGGGGAAAGCAAAGCGUUAGGGAAUUGGCAUCAACCUGCAGAGGGCUGAGUCUGGGUUAGUCCUGCCCGCAGGUUAGCGAGAUCCCGUGUUGUUUUUUGGGUUUGACAGAGUCAUUUCAAAAUAGAGGCACAGAUGCUCCAUGCACGGAGGUCCCCGGGCACUGGAACAACGGGUGCCAAGUUGAAGGCAGGGGGCCUGCCUGGUCUGGGCAGGGCCAGACCCUGAGGAAAGGGUGCCCCCUGCUGGUCUUUUUGGAUUUAAAAUGUUUGGGGGAAGAGUUGAGUUUCAUUUCAGAGUCCCAAGUUAAACAGGAGGGAGUGAGGGACAGGAGAAGAGGACAUGCCCCCGAUCCCAGGAGAGCUGGGCUGCGGCUGCACUAAGGAGUUGUUCCUUCACCCAAGAUGUGCUUAUCUUGGUUCGUUUCUGGCUUGACAAGAAAUAAACGUGAUAAUGUUCCUGAG